AUGCAUAUAGAUAAAAAGAUUAAAAGACCGCCUAAUAGGUGGUCCUUAAUCUUUUUACUAGCUGCUAUUUUUUUAUGUAUAUUAAUUAAUGAUUGUCAAGGUGUAUCGUCACCUGGAACAUCAGCUUCAUCAUGUCAUGAACUUGGUUUUACUGAUGCUUUAUUAUGUUCAACUUGUAAAGAUUUUGCUGAGUUUGUUGGUGAUUCUGCAUUUGGUCAUGAAUGUUCAAUUUGUUGUUCAGAAGAAUCAGAAAAAGUAAAGAAAACAUAUCAAUCAGUUAGUUUAGUAGUUUGUCAAUGACGUUUAGGGGCUCAUCCCCAAAUCAAAGAGUUUAUUAAUAACAAAGCAAAAUUAUAUUCAAAAUUAUCAGUUAAAUACGAAAAUGGUGCAAAUCCACGUUUAACAUUAGUAGAUAGUGAAGGAAAGAAAGAAGAUAUCAAUAUCGAAAGUUGGAAACUUGAAAAUUUAGAAGAAUAUCUUGUUCAAAAUAAUUUUAAUUAA